AUGAAAGGCUUCCUUAGCCUAACACUGCUUCCGUUGUUGGCAGCUGCCUCGCCUGUGGCAGUAGGUUCCAUCCACAAUGAGGCUGCUCCUAUUCUCUCCUCCAUGACUGCAAAGGAGAUUCCAGACUCCUAUAUUGUCGUAUUCAAGAAGCAUGUUGACCCGAAACUUGCCUCUGAUCACCACAGCUGGGUGCAGGACCUCCACACCGCCCAGACCGGUCGGAUGGAGUUGAAGAAGCGUUCGCUCUUCGAUUUCGACUUUGAGGCUUUCACCGGCCUGAAGCACACUUUCCACAUUGCUGGAUCUCUCGUAGGAUAUGCUGGUCACUUCCACGAGGAUGUCAUCGAGCAGGUCCGCCGUCAUCCUGAUGUCGAGUACAUCGAGAAGGACUCCGAAGUCCACCAUAUGACGGAUCCGUCCGUUGAGAAGAAUGCCCCUUGGGGUUUGGCACGUAUCUCUCACCGUGAGAGCCUCUCCUUCGGCAACUUCAACAAGUAUCUGUAUGCUGAGGAGGGUGGUGAGGGUGUUGAUGCCUACGUGAUUGACACUGGUACCAACGUCGAUCACGUUGACUUCGAAGGCCGUGCCACCUGGGGACAGACCAUUCCCCAGGGCGAUGAAGAUGAGGAUGGAAAUGGCCACGGAACCCACUGCUCUGGCACUAUUGCCGGCAAGAAGUACGGUGUUGCCAAGAAGGCUAACGUCUAUGCCGUCAAGGUUCUCCGCUCUAACGGCUCGGGCACUAUGUCUGAUGUUGUGAAGGGCGUUGAAUGGGCGGCCGAGGCUCACAUCAAGAAGUCCAAGAAGGGCGACAAGAAGUUCAAGGGAAGUGUUGCCAAUAUGUCUCUUGGUGGUGGCAGCUCCCGCACUCUGGACCUCGCUGUCAAUGCCGCCGUUGAUGCUGGUAUUCACUUCGCUGUCGCUGCCGGCAACGACAACGCCGAUGCUUGCAACUAUUCCCCCGCUGCUGCUGAGAAGGCUGUCACUGUUGGCGCCUCCACUCUGGCUGAUGAGCGUGCUUACUUCUCCAACUAUGGCAAGUGCACUGACAUCUUUGCCCCUGGUCUGAACAUUCUCUCCACUUGGGUUGGCAGCAAGUACGCCACCAACACCAUCUCCGGUACCUCUAUGGCUUCUCCCCACAUUGCUGGUUUGCUGGCCUACUACGUCUCCCUGGCCCCUGCCAAGGACUCUGCCUUCGCCGUUGCCGAUGUGACCCCCAAGCAGCUCAAGGCCGCUCUUAUCAACGUUGCCACCCAGGGCACACUCACUGACAUGCCCUCUGACACCCCCAACCUUCUCGCCUGGAACGGUGGUGGUUCCGCUAACUACACCCAGAUCCUUGCUGGUGGUGGCUACAAGGCCAAGGCUGCUGAGCCCUCCGUUGAGGAACGUGUUGGUGGCAUCAUGAAGAACGCCGAGGAGGCUUUCCACAGGGAGCUCGGUGCCAUCUACAGCGAGAUCAAGGGUGCUGUCUCUGCAUAG